GCACACGAACUCCCCGCUGGUUCUCUCUUUAUGUCUUGAAGUAUGUUUGUGGAUCUUACCAGGCCGGAGAGGGAUGCUUUUUUGUCACAAACCUCCGGAUGUCUCAUUCCAGGAUACACUGGCCACUGUCCCACGCUUAAGUUUAAGAUCGGGAAGCGAUAUGGAGCCAACACUCAAGAGAUAAUGAAGGAGCUGAGUGAUCGCGGGGUGCUUAAGAGACACUUUGCACACGAGUACAGACAACCUGACCCUCUACAGGCAAUGCUUACUGAUGGCAAAUUCUCAGUCAUCGAACAUUCCAAGGGUCAAACCAGAGAUCUCAAGAUCGAUUCCAGUAAUCGCUGCCGUCGCUACAUCUUAGGCUACACGGGUUACAUUCCAGGCAUGCACUUCCGCUACGGGACGUCAUUCAGGCGCGCCGCUGACCUGAGUGUGUCAGAGUUCUCUAGGAGGAUGUCCCAAGAGGCGAGUCGUCGGGCGCUAGAGGGUGCUGGAGUGAGAGCAAGGAGUCGUAGCGCUCCUAGGCUGGCCAGUAUACGUGCUAGAGACCAGGUCAGGGGGGCCCUGGACCAGUACUGCCAACACAACAAGUCUGAAGAGGCCCACAUCACUCCAGAGUUCCCUCCCAUCGCAGGCUACACUGGUCACAUCCCCAGAGUGAAGGGGACAGAGGCAUCGUUGAGUCAGCGCUACCACACGGCAGCCAAGCGAGGCCUUACCUUGCUGAGACAGGAGUCGGAGGCAUAUGAGGCAUCGCAACACUCCUUUUCCCGCUCUCGCUAGUUUCUUCCCUCCAAGUGUGUUGACUGUACCGGAGAUUAUAUUAAUCCCAGUUAGAAAUGAAGCCUGAAACCCACAGCAAAUAGUUGGAGUGCUUUAAUUCCAAUAAUGUUUGACAAGCCAAGAAAGUCUCUCCAUCUCUGGCGGUGGAGUGGAAAUAUCGACAGACGGUUUCACUUGGGUGGAGCUAUAUUUUUAUUCAGUCCUGUAAUAUUUCUUUUCAAACAAUGUCAGUUUGGUUAUUGAUUAGAAAAGAUAAAAUAAACUACACAAAUAUUAAAAUACAUUUACUGUUAGAUAAUUUUAAAGGAUGACUUGUUAAAUGUAUGGUGUUUAUAAAAAUAUUUUAAAAAUAAACAAGACAAAUCUUUAAGCCACUGAAACAUUUCCCUCUGAGGUCAAGUGCGUUCUCAGUAAAACUUAUCAGAGACGUUCAGGAGUAACAGGUGUGUGUAAAAUACACUGUGUCAGAAUACACUUUAACACAUUAGCUACCAACUAUACUCAUCUCUCAGUUACAGAGGAGUGUGACGGUUGGUAGGGAACGUGUUAAUGUCACAUAUUACGUUGUAAAAUACUGUUCGGCGAGUAUACCUCAUAAAAAGUUAGUUUUAUCAUUUGUAUAUGUUAUAAUUUCAUUUAUAGACUUACCGCCCAAUAUCACCGUGUUCUUACAAAAUUAAUUAAAAUUUUGAAAUAUAUAUUUUCCUUAUUCGCCGUAUUAA